AUGUCUGCCCUGAGUUACAGUGUGUACAAUGCCGUGUAUGCUGUUGUGCAGGGGCUUCAGGAGUUUCUCCUUUCCUGCUCAGACCUGGAAUAUCGGGGAAGCAGUGACUGUCUGGUUGUGGUUCAUCGACUUCAGGGAAAAGAGAACACGGUGCUAGGCACUGCAAACCUCCAUGUGUUUCUGAGAAAGGGUCAGUUUGACAAUCCUGCUGGGGAACUGGUGAUUCUGGACGAGAAUCGCAGAUCUGCUGAAAAUUAUGACAUUCUGAACUUUGUGAUUUUUCCCAAUGGAAAUGGUGAGUUGGUGAAAGUUGGGGAGGUGGACCCCCAGGCACACUCAGACCAAGAUGUCGUUGUCAAUAAGGCAACGAUCAUAUGGCCUGGGGGAGGCUCUCAGGCUCCACAUUUGCAGUGCAGCAGGAGCUGUGGACCAGGAUUCAGAAAAUGCACCCAGCAAGGGGAGGCCGUCUGCCGUUAUUUUUGUGUCCAGCGUCCAGAGGGGGAGAUUUCCAAACAGACAGACAUGGAACAGUGUGUGGAGUGUCCUGAAGAUCAGUAUUCAAACACUGUGAGAGAUGGCUGCCUUGGCAAAGUGGUGACUUUCCUGUCCCCCAAAGAACCGUUGGGACUGAUCCUGGUCUGCAUGUCUCUCUCCUUCUCUCUCCUCACAGCCCUUGUUUUAGGGGUCUUUAUUAAGAACCGAGACACCUCCAUAGUCCGAGCCAAUAACCUCAAUCUCAGCUACACCCUCCUCAUCUCCCUCAAACUUUGCUUCCUCUGUGCCCUGACUUUCAUCGGCCAACCCACCACAGCCUCCUGCCUCCUCCACCAAACAGCUUUUGGCGUCAUGUUCACCGUGGCCGUCUCCUCCAUUUUGGCCAAGACCAUCACCGUGGUUAUGGCUUUCAGGGCCACGAGUGUGGGGAGCAGGGUCAGAAGGAGUGGGGUCCAGAGUCUCCUUCUCUUCUCAAUAGUUCUGUCCUGCUUUCUGGUCCAGGUGACCAUCUGUGUGAUCUGGCUGGGCACCGCUCCCCCUUUCCCAGAGGUGAACACACGCUCUGAGCCCAGACUCAUUAUCAUUGAGUGUAACGAGGGCUCCGUGAUUGCCUUCUACUGUGUCCUGGGCUACCUGGGCGUUCUGGCCCUGGUGAGCUUCACUGUGGCUUUCCUGGCCAGGAGGCUCCCCGACAGCUUCAAUGAGGUCAAGUUCAACAUGUUUGGCAUGCUGGUGCUCUGCAGCGUCUGGGCCUCCUUCCUCCCCGCAUACCAGGGCACCAAGGGGAAGGCCACAGUGGCCACAGAGAUCUUCUCCAUCCUGUCCUUCAGCGCUGGGCUUCUUGUCUGCACCUUUGUCCCUAAGUGCUACAUCAUCCUGCUGCAGCCUGACAGGAACACCCGGGAAUGGUUGAAGAAGAAAUGA